GCUUAAAUUUAAAAUUACAGCUGCUUUUAGCUGCUUGUUAGGAUCUUAAAUGCUUUUGAAUUGGACUUGGAACAUCAAAAAAUGUCUGAGGGACAUUUUGGGUUCCGACAUCACAGAGCUCUUCUGAUUGACUUUUAUUGCUUAGGCUCAACAUCCCACCAGGUAGAAUCUGUCUCUGCAGCUGGUCCAUCCCAGCUGGAGGUGUUCCUGGUGCAUCCAGACCUGCCCAGGCUGCCGUGUGAUGUCUCUGCUCUGUAUUUGGACUUGCCCAACAUAAGGUGCAGAACAAGGUCUUCACCACAGGAGGGUUUGUACUACGUGGAGGUGAUCUUUAAAGGACAUGUGAUUAACAACCUGACUGAGGUGGAGAAAGAGAACUAUUCUUUCAAGGUAAUCACCAAGUGCAGAAGUGAGGAUAAAGAAUUCAAGUUCUCAGCCGAGCAGACACCUGUGGUUUACCAAAUUAAUCCAUCAUCUGGCACCCCAGGAAAUUUAAUACAGAUUCAUGGGAAGACAAUUGCUGGCAGAUAUGAGACUCUGGACUUCAACGUGGAUUAUAUUGAUGGUUACCCCGUUCAGGUGAAGGAUGGACUGGGGACCCUGCAGUGCCGGGUGGAAGGGAAUCACAUAGGGUCCCACAACAUCAGCUUCUCAGUGUUUAACAAAGGAAAGUCAGCAGUGCACAAAGGUGCUUGGCUCAUCAGUGCCAAACAGGAGCUUUUCCUGUACCAGACUCAUCCAGAGAUAUUCUCCGUGUUCCCAGCCGGAGGGAGCCUGGCAGGGGGCACGGAGCUCACGGUCACCGGGGAUUUCUUUGAGGAGCCAGUGCAGGUCACUGCUGCAGGUAUUCCCUGUAAAGUCAAGCACGUCUCUCCCCAGGAAAUCAGAUGCACCACGGAGCCUGUUGGUGAGGGCAGGAGACUUGGUGCCCCCCAGCCAGGAAACAGAGGGCUUCUCUUUGAAGUCUGGGAUGAUGCCUCUGAUCUGACAGAAGCAGGUCCUGGAUACAGAUGGCAGUUUGUACCUAAUGCCAGCUCCCCAGUAAGGUUUCUGUCUGGGGCAAAGAAGUCCUUCAGCUCCAGACUCCGUGGGUUUUUUGUGGCUCCUCAGACCAACAAUUACACCUUCUGGAUUCAGGCAGAUGGUGAAGCAUCUCUCUACUUUAGUUUGUCCCAAGAUCCCAAACAGAAGGUGAGAAUUGCUUCUCUCCCUGCUGGCAAUUCAGAGUGGUCUGAGAACUGGGUGAAGAACUGGAGUGAACUUUGGCAGCCAAAAUCCCAGAAAUUUGAGCUAACUGCUGGCUCAAGAUACUACCUGGAAGCACUGCAUCACGCAAAGACACCCAGCAAGGGGAUGAGAGUUGGAGUCCAGAUGCACAACUCGUGGCUGGACCCCCGUGUGGUGAACAGCUACUACACUGAGAGGCACGAAAUUCGGGCUCGCGCCCUGCAUCUCCCAGAAGUGCAGAUGUUGACUGUGUCUGGUACAGGUUAUUUCAGUAUCUCCUGGAACAACACACUGAGAAUGAUCCCCACAAAUGCUACAGCUCGCCAGGUGCAAGCAGCAAUAGAAGAACUCCUUUCAGUAGGAUGUGAAACUGAACCAACUUCUGCUAAAAUCCUUUUUCACUGUGGUUUUGAGAAAGAAGGACACAUUGUCAGUAGAACAGAGCCUUUCUGUGGAAGAUCCAGCAUCCACAGACCAAGCCAGCUAGUGAAAACUUCCCCAUCAACACUACCAAGAUAUGACCUUACUAAAUACCCACACGUGUGUUUUGCACAUAAAGGACAUAUGAGCAACAUCCUUCACCUCUCAGUGUCCUACACCAAUGUCUCUUCAUGUCCAGUGAGGAGGAACCUCACCUGCCAGUGGGACUUCAAUGAAACUGACUCUAAAAGCUGGACAUUUACCUGCACCAACCUCUGGAAGAGGUGUGUGAAUCCCUCUGUGCUUCUCCAGGACCUCCCAGCCAAUUCCCCAGUAUUUGUGCAUCAGAUAGACUUGCAGAGCCCUGUGCUGCAAAAAGAAACACAUGGAUCAUUUUAUCUUGAUGAGCUCAUCAUUGCAGACAGAUCUGUGAUUGUUUCUCAGAGACACCCCAGACCCCCCUGGCCAGGGGGGAGGAUCAUUGAAGCAGUGUCUGUGGUGGGGUCUCCUCCCACCUACAACGUGUCCUGGGGGGUGGCUGGCUGUGGUGCCAGUCUGCCCCUUCUCUCUCCGAGAGGUGCAGUGCUUGGGGAGGGCUCUAAGGAAUAUGGACACCUCUACGUGUCUGUGGAGGAUGUGAGAGUCAGCCUCACCAUCCAGAGGCUGCAGAAGUCAUCCCCACCUCUCGGAGGAACCUUCCACAUCCACUUGGCCAACACAGUGAUACCAGAUGUUUCAGUGCACAUCUCUGCCCAUCAGCUGCGCAGACUAUUGCAGAACAAUGUGGACAAUUUUACAGCUCCCUUCUUCAACACCAGUGACUUCACUGUGACCAGAGACUCCAGGUCGUGCUAUGAAAGUGUCUGGACACUGACUUGGAAAAAAACAGCUGGGGACUUGCCCAAUGUUAUCAGUGUCUCUGCUGAAAACCUCACUGGCCUGAAUCCAACAGUUUCUACUCGUGUGGUUUAUGAUGGGGGUGUGUUUAUUGGACCAAUAUUUGGGGACAUGCUUGCCACCCUCCAUAACCAAACACAGGUGGUGGUGAUGGUGAAUGAUGUCCUUGCAAACUGUUCUGGCUCAUGUUCUUUCCAGUUCAGCCAGGAUUUGACACCCAUAGUCAGAGAUGUGGAAUAUUCAUCAGGUGAGGGGUCCCAGGCCACAGUGGUUCUCAGGGGAGCUGGCUUUGGUGAGGAGCAGCUGGCCCUGCAGGUGGAGGUGGACAGGAGGAGCUGCCACGUCACAUCUCUGAAUCAAACCCGAGUGGUUUGCCAGGUGCCGAGGCUGCCGGUCGGGAUCUACCCGGUGACGCUGCUGGUGACACCUCAUGGCUUUGCUCUUGGUGGCACCACAGGACAAGGAAUCUUCCUCACAGUCCAGCCAACACUGGGAGCUGUUGAACCUCCUUCGAUUUCAGAGCUUGGAGGACUUAGAGUGACUCUCAAGGGCACCAAUCUGGAAGGGGUAAAUGCAGUGUUGUUUGGAUCCCAGCCUUGCCCAGUUUUGGAGGAGGGCAGAAAUUCAACAAGAAUUCAAUGUAAAGUUCCUUCUCGGGGGGCAGAGGAUGCUGCUGUCCAUGUGACACUGAUUUUUGGGUACAAGUCAACAACAGUAACCAAUUUGUUCCAGUAUGAUCCUUCCUUAAACCCUGAACUUGUAUCCCUGAGCAGGAACAGAAGUGGCAUAGCAGGAGGUGAGGAGCUUCACAUUGGAAUAUCCCAGUUUGCCAGCUACCAGGGCUCAGAUGUCAAGGUCCAAAUUGGGGACUCAUGGCCACAGAUCCAGGCGCAGACAGAGUGUGGGGUUAAUGUGACACUUCCAGCCCUGCCUGCAGGGUGGUACAAUAUUUCUGUCCUCAUCAAUGGCAUUGCUCUCACUUCAAACAGGGUUGAGCCAUUAAUCCAGUACCUCUUCGAGAUCUUCAGCAUCGAGCCGUGUUGUGGCUCCGUUCUGGGUGGAACACUGCUCACAAUCUCUGGGGUGGGCUUUAGCCAAAAUCUUGCCCUGGUUUCUGUGUCAAUGGACAAUCAAACCUGUACAGUUACUCACCUGGAAGAAGAGACAGUUUGGUGCCUGACCCCACCAGCUGCUAAUUUGUCUAAUGAAGAUUCACAUGACAGCUCUGUCAGAGUAAAUGUAGCCAUCAGCAGUGGGUCAUUUCAACAAGCUCUCUUUGCAAAUAGGACCACCACCACCACCUUUAACUACCAAAGAGCUUUGACUCCCCUCGUUACUGCUGUUGAAACAGAAAUCACAGAUGGCAGCCUGCUCUUGAGCAUUCAGGGAAUAAACAUCACUGGAUCUGUGGCUAGACUUGGACACAGUGAGUGUCAGCUGGAGUUGCAAUGGGGCAGCCAGUCUGCAACGUCUUACCAGUGCUCUUUGCCACUGAACAACCUGGAACCUGGGACUUUCCCCAUCCAGGUCAUCCAGAGGCAGCUGGGAUAUGCUCAAGUGACAGCAAGGCAGCAGUCCCUCACAAUAACUCCACAGAUAACCUCCAUAUUCCCAUCACAAGGAUCAAUCUGUGGUGGGAUGUUGCUCACUAUAAUUGGUAUUGCUUUGAAAUCCAGGAGGAAUUUGACACAAGUCAGCCUGGAGAGUAAUUACUCCUGUGAGAUCCAGAAGUCUGACAAUGACUCCAUCAGCUGUGUUGUCCUUCCAGGGGCUCACCCUUUGCACCCUCACUGGCUGGCUGAGGCAUCUCGGGCUCUCAGUGUCACUGUGGUUGUCAAUGGGGUCCGCAGUGUGUGCCUUGGGGGCUGUACACUCCACCUUCAGGAGCACUGGACCCCUCUGGUACAUCUGGUGACCUGGAAGACCAACGGGACAUCCACCCACAUGACAAUCAAAGGACAGAGGCUGGCAUGGCAGGGUGACAGCCCCGUGGUACAUGUGGAUAACAGCUCUGCCUGCAAGGUGACGUUUUGGAACGAGACCAUCAUCAAGUGCCAGACAGCCUGCCUGGACCCAGGGGAACACAACAUUUCCAUAUCCAGCGGGAAAAGUGGCCGUGCUUGUUUCAGAGGGACAUCCAACCUUCUCACCAUCCUGCCUUGGGUGUACCAGUUUUACCCACGGGAUUUCAGCACCAAUGGGGGAGGCCUGCUCAGCUUAGCUGGGUUGGCUCUGAAGGGAAAGAGGAUGACUUCAGUCCUCAUAGACCAUCACCCUUGCUUUGUUCUCAACAUCACCUGUGUGUUCAUCCAGUGCACGGUGCCUCCGGGGAAAGGCACGAGGGCUCUGAAUCUGAAAGUAGACGGGCAGUCCUAUUACCUUGGAACAAUAAGUUACAGUGAGGAAUUUACCCCAGCUUUCCUUUCACUUGUUUCCACUGGUCUCCUUUUAACUUUGACAGUAUCACAGGUCACAGAGGUGGACAUUAUCCAGGUGUUUACUGGAGAUUUUCCUUGCAGCAACAUCACCAUCAGUCACUCCGUGUUGCAAUGCACAGCUCCUCUGCUCCCUGUGGGCGAGUACCCUGUGCUGGGCCUGGAUAUUCCCAGGGGAUGGGCUUCCUCCAGCCUGAUGUUCAUUUCUCAUCUGACAGUCACAGCUGCACGUCACAACUGGGGUGGCUUGAAUGGAGGACAAGUUUACCUGCGUGGAACUGGAUUUUCCCCAGGAAAGACUUGGGUCACAGUCUGUGGCACCAGCUGUGAACUCCUGGGCAACAUGACAGUGACUGAGCUGAGCUGCCUUGCCCCACGCCUACAAGCCUCUCUGGCCACUCUCUGUGGUCUGACACAUUCUUCUGACAACUGCCAAGAGGACAGAGCCACCUUCAUUGAAUGUGACAUCCAAGUCAUGGUGGGCACCUCCCAGCAGAGAGGAUCUGUGUCUUACUUCUACAUCUGUGGGGACACCCUGCCCCAGGGGCAUUUUGCUGGACUCCUUGCCAGCCCUAAAGUGGAAAGAGAUGAAGUUCUCAUCUAUAAUAGCUCCUGUAACAUUACCAUGGAAACUGAGGCAGAGAUGGAGUGUGAGGGAGCUAAUCAGCCAAUUACUGCCAAGAUUACUGAGAUAUGGAAAAACUGGGGCCAGAACACUCAGGGAAAUUUCAGUUCAGAGAGCCUUGGCCUCCAGCUGUGCGGCCGGUGGGACGAGGACUCCAGCUGGCCGGGUGGCCGCCAGCCGCGAGAUGGCGACAAUGUCACGAUAGAAGGCGGCCGGACGCUGCUCCUGGGGACCACCACCAGCAUCCUCAACCUGCUGCAGCUCAGAGGUGGCAAACUCCUGUUUACUGGACCAGGACCUGUAGAACUGCAUGCUCAUUACAUCCUGGUGUCUGAUGGAGGAGAGCUCUGGGUGGGAUCCCCUGAGGCCCCUUUCCAUCACAAAGCACACAUCUAUCUCUACGGAAGCCUCCACUCUCCAGCAUUAUUUCCAUAUGGAGUCAAAUUCCUGGCAGUGAGGAAUGGGACCCUUUCUAUUCAUGGCUGGAUGCCUAAAGUAGUUUUCACACACUUGAAAUCAUCAGCUAAUGCUAGUGACACACGGCUAGUGGUCCAGGAACAUGUUGAUUGGCAACCUGGUGAUGAAAUCCUGGUGGGAAGCUCAGGCCUUGGAGAUGCACAGCAGCAGGAGGAAGUGGCUGUUAUCCAGUCUGUGAACAACCUGGAGUUGAACCUUAGAUCACCACUCAGGUACCCCCACAGUGUUGGAGAGGAAUGGGGCAAUGGCCAAGGUCUGCCUUCGAGUGCUGUGGUGGCACUGAUCAGCAGAAGGGUGGUUGUUCAAGGAAAUGUCACGCUGGAGAGGAUGUCCCAUCUCAGGCAGUGUGCAAAUGCAGGUCGCUCUGGGUGUUUGUACAAGAGAAGUGAGAGGCAGCUGGGCUCUCGGGACCUGGGAGCCAUCGUGGUUGUGGAAUCCUUCCAGGGACAGGCGAGCCAGCUCCAGCUGGAGGGGGUCCAGUUCCGCCACGUGGGCCAAGCGUUCCGGCACCACGGCAGUGCCCUGACUGUUACUGGCAACACCUGGAUGGCAGACUCUUACAUCCGUGGUUGUUGUGUUCUGGACUCCUUUGGCCAAGGCCUCCGUCUGAGUGGGAUCUCCAACCUCAGUGUGGACAGCAAUGUUUUCUACAACAUUUCAGGCCAUGGGCUUCUCCUGGGCCAGUCUUUGCUUGAUCAGGGUCAAUUAUUUUUCAGUGGAAAAAUAUUCAUAUCUCUUUCUUUUAAAGGUGAGGGACUGGAAGAGGAGAACAAAAUUAGUAACAACAUAGUGAUUGGUCUUUCUGUAACUGAUGGUUUAUCCAAUAUUGAGGCACUGUCACCAGCAGGGAUCUACAUCAAGGCUCCUGCCAGCCACAUCAGGGGUAACACAGUGUAUGGUGCUGGGUAUGGCUAUUUCUUUCAUCUCUCCCCUGAGGGACCAUCCAAAGUGCCUCUCCUGUCCUUCAGUGGGAACACAGCUCACUCCUGCACAAGGCACGGGUUGCUGGUGUACCCAGAGUAUUUGCCAGACAGUCAUGUUCAGUUCAACAACUUCACAUCCUGGAGCUGCCAAGGGGGAGCACAGAUUUUCAGUAGCAGGAACCUUGAACUCCAGCAUUUCUGGAUUUCUGCUUGCAAAGACUUUGGUAUUGACAUUGUGGAAAGCCUGGGAAACACCUCUGUGUCUGAUAGUGUUUUAAAUGGACACCUUGGGCAAAAGGAUAGGACCUGUAUGUCUGCAGGACUAAAGACUCCCAAAAGAUACCAGCUCUUCAUCUCCAAUACAGCUUUCAGGAACUUUAAUGUGAGCACUUGCACAGCUAUCAGGACUUGUUCUGGCUGUUACCAAGGGCAGGGUGGGUUUACAGUGACAGCUGAACAUCUGACCUUCACCAAUUCCCCUUUCCAAGUGUCCUUCCCCUUCCCUCACUCUGCCAUCCUUGAGGACCUUGACGGCUCCACCACAGGACAGAAGGGAAGUCACAUCCUGCCUUCCACAGAUAUCCUGGCUGCAUCCUGCACAACCAGUGCCAACUUCAGCCAAGCUUCUGGUGGCAGUGUCUGUGACAGUGACCUUGUUUUCCACCGUAUGGCUCUUCAUUUAAAAGAGGCUCCAGACAUUCCAUAUAAUUUAACUGUGACUGACAGUAGGAAUAAGUCAAACACAGUCAAUUAUGUCCCUGAUACUUUAUCAAACCUGCAUGGCUGGAUGGUUCUUCUCUUGGAUAAAGAGACUUACACGUUGACAUUUGACAACCCUUUGGUCAGCAAACAGCUCCAGUAUUCAGUGACAUUUAGCAACUUCAAGGCUGGGAAUUACCUGCUGGUGGAACACAAGGAUCUUCCUGCCUAUCUGGAGGCUGUGGUGUCCUGUGGGACAAGGAGGGGACAGUCACUCCAGGUGGUACCUUUGUAUGGACACCACAGGAGCUGUGAUUGGCAUCUUGACAGCAAGCUGGGGACCUUCACCUAUCUGGUUCCUUCUUGUGCUGUCUUGAAAUGGUCACUCCCAGAGGCAUGGAAUGGUGUGGGAAAAGGCUGGGGUGGAUCCAAUGGCAGCAUCCCAGGCCCUGGGGAAGACGUCAUCAUCUUGCCAAACAGGACCAUCCUGGUGGAUGUGGCUCUUCCCCCUCUGAGAGGACUCUACAUCCUGGGGACCCUUGAGUUCCCCAGCAACUCCAGCAACGUCCUGAGCGCAGCCUGUGUGGUGGUGCUGGGGGGUGUGCUGAGAAUGGGUUCUUUGCAACAUCCCCUAGAAAGGGAUUUAAAGCUGCUGUUCCUUCUUCGGGCUUCUGAAGGGAUUUACUGUGAUCGUCUGGAGGAUAUAAAUGUCCACCCAGGGAGUAUUGGAGUUUAUGGACAGGUGCAAAUUUAUAGUGCUUAUCCUAAGAUGCCUUGGACACAUCUGGGAACUAAUGUUGCUCCUGGCAAUGAAAGGAUUUUUGUUGAGGAUGAAGUAGAUUGGGAUCAAGGUGGGGAUAUUGUGAUCAGCUCUUCCUCCUAUGAAGCCCACCAAACUGAAGUAGUUACACUUAAAGAAGUCCAUGGUCAUAAUAUAAGAAUUCAUGAUCAUCUUCUGCACAGGCACAUUGGGCGUCCCCAUGACACAGAAGAUGGCAGAAGCAUCCCUUUGGCCGCGGAGGUUGGGCUCCUCACACGGAACGUGCGGAUCCAGUCGGAUGUGGCUUGUGCUGGGAGGAUGCUGGUGGGAUCCUUCAGAGACUCCAGCGGGAUGGAGUUUUCAGGUGCUCUUCAACUCUUAAAUGUUCAAUUUUUGAAUUUUGGGCCCCCUCAGCUUUCUGCCAUUGAAUUCAGGAAUGUAUCCCAAGGGUCCUCAGUGGUGUCAUCCAGCAUUAGUGGCAGCUGCGGAGCUGGCAUUAAAGCAGUCGAGAGCAGUGGAAUCCUGUUGCACAACAAUGUGGUAUUCAACACCACUGGACAUGGCAUUGAUUUGGAAGGGAAAAAUCACUCCCUCAUCAGGAGCCUUGUUGUUCUGAGCAGGCAGCCAGCAGGUUCAUUAAACUGGGUUGCUGGCAUCAAGAUGAACCUGGCCACUGGUGUCUCCCUUGGUGGCAAUGCUGUGGCAGGAUCCGAGAGGAUUGGCUUCCAUAUCAGAGGCCAGGAGUGUUCACUGGCUGGAGAAUAUUUCAGCGGAAAUGUGGCCCAUUCAAGCCUCCACGGCAUUCACCUGUACCAGGAAGAUGGAUUUCAGACCUGCACUAGAAUCACAGGUUUUCUCUCCUAUAAGAAUUAUGACUAUGGUGUCAUGCUCCACCUUGGAAGCAGCAUUAUUGUGGAAAACAUGGUGCUGGUGGACAACACCGUGGGACUCCUGGCAGUCGUGCACUGUGCCUACACUGAGCAAUGCUACACGGGGAAAAAGUUCAUAGAACUUAAAAGCUCCAUCAUUGUCGCAACAAGCUCGACUUUUGACUGCCUUAAAGACAGGAUCACACCUCACUCAGCUGAUUCAACAGCCCAGGACCGACCCCCACGCUACCCUCUAAGAGGCCGUGUUGGGAUUUUAUGGCCCACGUUUAGCACCGUUCCCAACCAAAGGCCAGAGCAUCCCUGGCACAAAACUUCUGGGCGUUGUCCAAAAGCCCUGGGAAUCAUGAAGCUGAAAGAAGUCACCUUUACUGGUUUUACACAGAGCUGCUACAGUGAAGACAGGGAUGUCUGUAUCAUGUCAAAUGCUGAUCAUUUAGGCAUCAUGCCUCUCAUCACAGCAGAGACAUCAAGGAUGUUACAUGUCAGUGAGAAAGAUAAGUUCUACUUUCAUCCAACGAGUGUACCAACCUCUAAAGACACCAUGCUCCCCGAAAAGAGAUGCAAAGGCUCAAGGAAAGCCCUUUUCAAGGAUUUGGAUGGAGGUGUUCUGCAUCUGGAGCCACCUGUCUCUGUUUUUCCCAAGUCAGAAUUUGAAUGGACACAGUUCUACUCAGAAUCUGCAUUCCCUGUGCCUGCUGCUGAUGGUGGCCAUUUUGCUGUAGAGAUGCAUCGUUUGUAA